AUGUUGAAUUCCUUGAUGUUUUUCGUUUUAUUACUGACCUCUCCUAUAUCAUCCGCUCCAACAGUAGAUUGUGAAUGGAGAACAAACUUAACUCAUCUUACAGAGUUUAUGGAUCUUGACAAAGGUGAAGAACUAGCAGAUUGUCUAUACUACUAUUUAUUGAACACUGAUUUUGAAAAAACCUCCGAACUAAGAUCGUUGCAUGAAACACCACCUCCUGAACAUGUUAUCAAUAUUACCAUAGACGAGGUUCUGGUACGAACAGUUGAACUAGCAGCGGGAUCAAGUUAUCAGUUUAACAUAUACGGUAAAAUAUACAUGGAUUGGCCUGAUUCUCGGUUGAAGUGGGAUGAAGACUCUUGGCAUUUACCAUCUAUGUACUUAGCUGAUCAUCACAGAAUAUGGACACCUCAUUUGGUAGACACUGCAAUAUGUCCGGAUGAAACUUUAUGUCGCCUACAGUACAAAGACAUAAAUGUUAUGAGCGAUGGUCUUGUUUCUGUCACGGCUGAGUUCCGUCAUGCGGCUUUCUGUGAAGUGGACUUCGCUAAAUAUCCUGAAGAAGAGAACAACUGUUGUAUUUUCUUCACAGCUUUUGAACCACGAAAAUCUAUACAUUUUUUGAAUUCUGAAGAACUGCCUGUGAAACCGAUUAGACCCGUUGUCAUGCAACAAAAUGAAAAAAAGUUCGAAGAGAUUAACCGACAAACAAAAGAUCACUCAGCUUGGAUUUUAACGGAGCACACCGUAUCAGUCAUCCAUUUGAGCACCAUAGAGUCUAGUCAAGUACUGAAAAUUUGCACGCAUGCCCAGAAGAAAAUGUCAACGAUACGAGUAGCCUUGCGCCUUCCCGUUACUAUAGCAACACUUCUGAUGCUGGUAUCCCCCUUAUUCGGAGACUUGAGAACACAAUCAUUUGUGAAAAUCGUCACUCUCACUCUCCAAACACUCUGCUUCCUCUAUCUAUGUUCUAUUGCACCACCAAACGGUUUCGCUGGCGUGAAGCCCAAAAUUUAUCGCUUUUACGAAUCGGUAUUCGCAAUGACAGCUCUAAGCAUGGUUAUCACAGUGGGAUGUAUGGCAUUAAGUCGAGCUAGGAGAACUGUUCCUCCUACUCAUAGAUUAUAUUUGGCGGCUAAGCUAGUUAAUCGAACAUUAUGCUGUAUCGAGCCGGAUCAGUUAGCGCACUACUUGAGAUAUGUAAACGACAACGAAAAUCAAGGACCUUCCGAUAGUACGCCCGAUUAUACCCAAGAUUGGCGACAUAUUUACCUGGCAGUCAACAACUUGUCAUCCGGUCUUUUUUUUACAACAUUCACUCUUUUCAUGUUUCUGGACUUGAUUUGA